AUGGACCCAAGGCUGAGAGGCUCAACGGAAAGGGACAGAUUGGAACGCAUCACUGACAAUGACCUCAAAAAAGCAGAGGAGUUUACAAAGCUGAUGAAAAUAAUGUACACAUCCACUCUUUGUGUAUCAAGUGACAAUACUCCAACUUGUGGCCAGGUCCUUCCUAUACUGCAAAAACUUGAAGAACACUUCAAAUUUCAAGAAGACGACACAGUCUUCGUGUCAGGAAUAAAGCAGAAGGUUUGGGCAGAUUUGUCUAAGCGGUACCAGAAUGAGGACAUCCGACACUUCCUUGAAGAGGCCACAGUGAUGGAUCCACGUUUCAAAAACAAAUUUGUUGCAGACACCAUUUGGGAGAGGGUGAGAGUGGCAGCAGUAGCAUCAAUAAGCAAGGUGCCAGAAGGGGGCAGGGGAAUAGACCACGACAAUCAAGACAACACUACAGAGGUUAAUGUUAAUGCAAAGUGCAAAUUCAUAAUGAUAUAUUGUUGGUCUUAAUAUAACAUUUUUCUUUCAUUUUAGGAAGUACCUCGCAAGAAAGUAAAAAAGAGUGCAAUAGCAGUUCUGUUUGAAAUCGAGGACAAUACUCUGCAGAAGAAUGUGUCUCCGAAUUCUACUGGUCUGUUAGUUUGUGAGAGAGUUAACAGAGAACUUCACUUCUACAAAGACAUGCCCUUAAUACCGUCCUACUGUAUGAAGACCCUACUUCGUGGUGGUGGGAGAAGAGAGAAGCUUUUCCUAUUCUUUACAACCUGUCCACAAUGUACGUGUUGUGUGCAAGGCUCCUCUACCCUCUCUGAGAGGGUUUUCUCCACAGC